AUGUUCGUUAAAGCUACUGUGCUCUUCGUGAUUCUGCUGAGUAUUCAGCAUUCGUUGUCGAAGAAGACGACACCACGGAUUGUUGGCAGAUGGUUUAACGUUUCAGUGGACGAUCCGGAAGUGCAGGUGAGCAAGCUAAAAUUAUGAAAGCCUCUUUCCUGGCGUCGUUGAACCUUACUCGGAUAUCGCAUCCCCCUCCAACGAUUUACUGGUCCUCAAAGACAAUUUGAGGCUAUCUGCCAAACAAACUCCCGUACGACGAAACCUAUAUAUAUAACUAAACAUUCAGACGUCUCAAUUACCAAUUUAAGGCCAAAAUGACACCGGGGAGCAAAACUUUUAUAUUUAUGUGUUAAAAAUAUUUUCAGAAACUCGCCAAGGAAGCCGUUGACAUCUACGCCAAGUCUAUUUCGCGGGAAAACCAGACAAUUGAAUUGCUGGAAAAGGUCGUUUCCGCAAAAGCACAAAUCGUGGCUGGAACAAAUUACAGGAUCGACCUGAUAGCCCGCCAGAAAAAGCCGCUCUACCCUACUCUCCUCCCGCUACAUGACAAAGUUUCUGUCGACAUACAUGGCAAAGCCAGCCAUAAGGUCACAGUUAGAACUGCAAAUGGUAUUGAAAGCUAA